AUGGAGGUUCAAAGUGAGAGAGCUGAGACACAAGAUGAAGAGAAUGAAACUCCCAAAACCCAAAAUGAGGAUAAAAGCAGCCCUGCACCAAUGAAAAUGAUAUCAACACGGCAGAAUCAGGUGUCCCUCAACUUGAUGGGAAUAAAGAGAGCACUUGCAAAUAUGAUUAUUCUUCAUGAGUAUCCAUUAUCCUUGGUUGAUCAUAUUGGAUUCAAGAUACAUUCCAAUACUUUGCAACCAUUGUUUAAAGUGUGUUCUCGAAACACAGUCAAGAAAGAUAUAUUUAAGAUUUUUGAAAUUGAAAGAGAGAGAACAAUGAAGUUGUUGGACACGAAUAAAAGUAAAAUUGCAAUUACAACCGAUAUGUGGACAUCGAAUAAUCAAAAGAGGGGAUUCAUGACCGUCACAUCACAUUUCAUUGAUGAUGCAUGGAAAUUACAAAGUCGUUUGAUAAGGUUUAUAUAUGUACCAUGUCCACAUACUGCGGAUGUACUUGCGGAUGCUCUAAUGGAAUGCAUGUAUGAUUGGAAUUUUGACAAUAAGCUUUCCUAUAGUUCACUUAUGUUGGAUGGACGUUUAUUCCCCAUGCGUUGUUGUGCACAUAUUUUGAAUUUGGUGGUGAGAGAUGACUUAGAGGUGAUUAAAAAUAGUAUUGAGAAAAUUAGGUAUAGUGUUGCAUUUUGGCUUGGAACUCAAAAAAGAGAGGAGAAAUUUAUUGAAACAACCAAACAAUUGAGAGUUCCAACAUCUAAAAUGUUGGAACUUGAUUGCAAAACUAGAUGGAACUCUACAUAUUCCAUGCUUAAGACUGCAAUGAUUUACAAAGAUAUUUUUCCUCGUUUGAAGCAUCGUGAGCCUUUGUACAAAGAAGUGCCUAGUGAAAGUGAUUGGGUAAAGACAAAUGAGCUUGUCGAUAAGUUGGGAAUAUUUUAUGAUGUGACUUUGCUUUUUUCAGAGACAAAGUAUCCUACUGCCAAUCUCUACUUUAAGAAUAUUUGCGCGAUUAGAUUAGCAAUUUGUGAUUGUCUUGUUUCUGACCAAGAAGAUGUGAAAACAAUAGCAUUACAAAUGCAAAAAAAGUUUGAGAAGUAUUGGGAUACAAUGCAUGGGUUAAUGGGGGUUGCAAGUAUUUUGGAUCCACGGUAUAAGAUGAAACAAAUUGAGUUUUUGUGUCCUCUAAUAUAUGGAGACAAUGCAGCCCAAGAGGUCUUCAAAUAUAAAAAUAUUCUUUAUGACUUGGUCAAGGAGUAUCAAUCAAAAUCUCAACAAAGUCACCAUGUGCAGCAUGAAUCCUCUAUUAAUAACCCUUUAUCAAGAGCAACUAUGCCUAAACUUGAUUUGGUAAAACAAUUGGAUGUGUUUGUUUCUCAUUCCACGACUAAUACACAUGUUAAAUAUGAGUUGGAUCAUUAUUUGGAUGAGUCUCAUUUACCUAGGAAUGAUGAUGAUGAUUUUGAAAUAUUAUGUUGGUGGAAAUCAAAUGGGAUCAAAUACCCUACAUUGCAUGAUAUUGCUAGAGAUAUUUUGGCCAUUCCUGUAUCUACAGUUGCUUCAGAGUAUUGCUUUAGUACUAGUGGAAGGAUUAUAAGUCCUCAUCAUAGCCGGCUUCAUUCAAAAAUAGUGGAGGCAUUGAUGUGUGCUCGUGAUUGGUUAUGGAAUUAA